CGAGUUGGCAACACUGGUGUCUAUGCCACUCACUCAUGGUGUGAUGUGAUAAUGAACGUUGUGCGUAUUUUUCGUUUAUAUUAAUAAAUCGUGAUCGUCGAAGACAAAGUUUAAGUGUAACAAGUUCAGUGCAGUUCUAGGUUUUAAUGUCGUGAUAGUGAAAAUGCAGUUCUAUAAGGAGAGGAUUUUAAAUGCCGCACAAUUAAAAAAACUCAGUGAACACAAAUAUUCGUGUACGAGUAGCAGUAUUUUGGAUGCAUGGCUCCAGCCCUGGUGGUGCUGGCUGGUGUCGAAGACUCCGCUAUGGCUGGCGCCGAAUCUCAUUACAAUAUUAGGAUUAAUAGUUAAUAUCGUCACUACACUCAUAUUAAUCUGGUACAGCCCAGACGCGCGCACAGACCCGCCCCGGUGGGCGUGCCUGCUGUGCGCGCUCGGCGUGUUCGUGUACCAGAGCCUGGACGCCAUCGACGGCAAGCAGGCGCGGCGCACGGGCAGCCAGUCGCCGCUGGGCGAGCUGUUCGACCACGGCUGCGACUCUAUCUCCACGGUGUUUAUCGCGCUCGGCGCCUGCACCGCUGUCAACUUAGGAGAAUACCCCACGUGGAUGUUCUUCCAGUGCUUCUGCGCCAUGACUUUGUUCUACUGUGCGCACUGGCAAGCGUACGUGACAGGCACGCUGCGCAUGGGCCGCGUGGACGUCACGGAGGCGCAGUACUCCAUCAUCGCCAUCCACCUCGUGUCCGCCACGCUCGGCGCCCGCUUCUGGGCCACGCAGAUCCCGUACACAUCGGUGCCGUGUGCGCUGAUAGUCACCAGCGCGUGUUUCUUGGCGCAGCUCAACUUUGUGCUGGGUUUCGGAGCCACCUUCCGUGUGAGGGGCGCGGGGAAAAAUGGAUCCACCGUCGCAGGCACGAGCAUCCUGUCGCCCGUGAUCCCGUUCUCGCUGGUGGUGGUGCCGGCCUUCAUCAUCUUCCAGAAGUCGGAGUCGCACGUCUACGAAAACCAUCCCGCACUCUACAUACUUGCCUUUGGGAUGGUGGCUGCCAAGGUCACUAAUAGAUUGGUGGUGGCACACAUGACGAAGAGCGAGAUGGACUUAUACGAUUGGUCACUGCUAGGCCCGGGCAUGCUGUUCCUUAACCAGUACUUCAACAACGCCAUACCCGAGUAUUACGUGUUAUGGCUUUGCACGAUAUGGGUGUGCGUGGACCUCGUCCGCUACUGCGGGCAGGUCUGCAUGGAGAUCUGCGCGCACCUGAAGAUCGCGCUGUUCCGCAUCCCGUGCCCGGCCGCGCCCGCGCCCGCCGCCGCGCCCGGCCCCGCCGCCGCGCCCGCCAACGGUACGGCCCGCCGCGUGUCCGCGCUGACGAGUGACAGUGAAAAAUCGGAAUCGGAGGAUUCGGCGCCGCUUUUAAACAACAACUCUAUUAGCUAAAACUCCCUUCAGGCAACGAUAAAAUAUUUGUAUUGAUAUAAGUCGCUAAGCAUGAUUCUAAUUUAACAUUUUGUCAUCGUUUUUAUCUUGUUAUGAUACGACCUUGACAUAGCUCGCAGUGUAACUCACGCGCACCAAUAAGUGCGAGCGGAAAACCUAAUGACACGACUCCAUACCGCGCGUGCGGAGUCCAAUCAGAGAUAGCGACAGCUGUAUCGAAACAAGACUAAAACCGUAACAAAUUGUUAAAUCAGCGGCAGUGACAGGGAUGUCACUGUGAAAAUGAUUUCUUCGAAGGUUGUUAUGGUUUCUAUACUAGGUUGAUUUUACGACUCUAUUUUGUGAGAAUAAAAGUUAACGAAGUUGGUGUCUGUUGCUUAGAAUUAAAAGUAAGUUUGACAUUUCGGUGAUUUACUAAUAAAAUGGUUUAGAACUACAAUGUGAUGAUGAUUGGUCUCGGAUACACCAUUGUACCUAUUACAUCCAUUUAUAUAGGUCAAUCAAACAAUUUAUUCCGCUUGCCCUCAGUUACCUGUUAUAUGCUCUUAGAUAUAUUUUGAAUAAGUAGAAACACAUCUGCGAGGGAAGUUCAGAUAUCUGCAUCUCAUCUACCUAUUCGUUAGGCUUCUUUUUAAAUAUAAACACUUUAACUGGUUUAUUUCCACUAGUGCUACUGAUAAUUAUAUUAAUGCUGGUGCGUUCUGUAAAAAUACAGUUUAAACUUCAGAAUCUCAGUUUAGCGUAACCGGGAUAAUUGCGUCCAUGGAGAAGACAUUCUGCUGUCUAAGACCGGUAACACCAGUAUAGCGUACCUACUUUCGACUACGAAAUGAGACAAGUAUGUCUAACUCUAGAGCCCGUCUAAUCUAACUCUGCACAAAUUGUAAAGUGUAUGCCACAAUAAAAGUCAUAGGUACUUUGUUUACAGAGAGAGCGCAUUUACCCUAUGUCCGAUUUUAUCCCAGUUGAAGUAGUUACUGGAAAAAGCUCCCAUUAUUUCUACAGUGUUUGAUACAGUAAAUAUAUAUAUAUAUAUACCGUUAAGAUCUGAUAGUGCAACCAUUGGAAAAACUCUUUAAUCUGAAUUCUUGAUACUUGUCAGUAAAAGUCGUGGUGUUUCCACAUUGAAAAGACUAUUUGGAGAUGAAAUUUCAGUGAAAGCCGAUCGUGAUAUUGGGAGAUUAAUAGAUACACAAUAAAUGCUUAUUAUUAUUAUUUUCAAAACGGCACUUUCCUACUCUAUAAUGUAGUUUUUUAUCUCCAAAAUGCAUUGACGAAAAAUUGCUUGAUGAUAAUGUUGUUAACCUAAUAAAUAGUUAAGAGAACCAAAUAAAUACUCUUAAAUUAU